AUGAUGAGGUAUGACUAUAAUUGCUUUUUGACUGAUCUCUUACUGACACUAAAGCUUGCUUUGAAAACGACCUUGAAGAUGACAAGCUCAAAGCUUCAAUUCAAAGCUGAGAAAAUGAAGUCUAUUAAUAAAGCAACACUGUUUCAACUAUCAAAAGAAUUGAAAGAAUUAAACCAAAAAUCGGGUAGUCAGUUCGAUAGAUGUCUUACAUUGGCAAGAGUGAAGAUAUCUAAGGUGAUAGUUGAUGAUAAUUUGGUUGAUUUAUACGAAAUACUUGUCGUGGAUUGCGAAGUGCUUCAUUCUAAAAUUCACCAGCUGCAGUUAUCGCCAGGCGAUGAGAAUAUAACGAAAAUAGUGCGGAAGCUAAUGUACGUGAAUUCCUAUGUGAACAUCAAAGAGUUCAAAAAGCUGGUAACUAUAUUAGCACACAAGUAUGGAAAAGAUUUCUAUGAGGAUGCCAUAAACAAUCCAGACGAUAUGAAUUUAGUCAAGAAGUGUCAGAACGAUAAUGUGGACCAGUUGGUCGAGUCGUACUUAAAAGAAAUUUGCGAUUGUUACAAAAUCGAUUUAUACGGUGAGACCCAGAAAAACAACACUACAGCAACUGAGGAUGCCAGUCCAAUUAGGGCACAAAGAUCCGAGCCAGCUAGUGAACUAGACGAUUUGAAGCAAAGAUUUGAUGCACUUAAAAAAAAAUAG